AUGCAGAAAUCAUUUAGCUGCUGUGUUUACAAUAUCUGGUCAUGGUGGACUCCUUGUACUUACGACUGCGGUCUGUCAGGCACGCAAUUUAGAAGCAGGACAAAAAAUGCGGAGAAAACCGUUUGUGGUAGAAGUGAUUCUUGUCAUUCAAGUCAGAAGCAAACAAGGGCUUGCAACAGAAAUAAUUGUCAUAAUGGCGGCACUAAUGCUCACGGUUACUGUUUAUGUAGAGAUGGUUUUGCUGGAAGAUGCUGCGAAGAAGUAUUUUCAGCCUGUAAACACUACAAAGUGCUAAAUGAAGCUGAUCGUUCAAAUAUUGCACCGAGAACAAACGUCAUAAAGUGCGACAAAGCGGGAGUCAUUGCAAGUGGAUGGUAUCGAUUCAAAGAUCAGGCAGGGUCUCAAAUUGCAACGUCKGCUGUGCCAACUUACAGUUGUGGAAGUAGUGCACCAGGGUGGAUGCAGGGAUCUCAUCCAAGCCAAGYUGAAGGGAUCGUGACUCGCAGAGUGUGUUAUCACUGGGGCAACGACACUUGUAUGUGGAGCAACACGAUUCGUGUUCAAAGAUGUGGAAGUUUUUACGUGUAUGAAUUAAAAAAGACUCCUGCCUGUGAUCUUCGAUACUGCGGAAACUACUCAGCACCGUUGAGAAUACCUUAUACGCCAAUAGCGUCUGGUAAGUAUCCCUUUCAUGUUGAAACUAUGUCAAGUACAGUUCGUCGGAUGAAACGCCAGCCAGGGCAACUUUCUGCUUACAGUUGAUUAAGAAAGACUUGAUCCAGUUAAUGGUUUUAGUAUUCAUUCCAUGAUCCUUUAGCUAUAGCAGGGACGUAUCUAGUAAGAGGCCAACCGAGGCACUCGCCUCGGUAAUUUUUUUUUUUUUCAUGUCUGAUAUCUUCGUAGCCUCUCAGAUUUUGUGAAAAAAAUGUAAAAAUAAUAUUAAUCGUGUAUAUAUAGCUUAUAGCUUCUUUGUUUCAUAAAUAUUGCAUAUUGCAAUAUUGCGGUUAAAUCUAUUAAAUUAAGAGUUACCAAGGACCACAAAAUGCUGCAAAUCGCAUUUCCGAGAGACUGAAUUUCAAAUUUUCUCGAGGGGGAAUGCCCCCGAAUCCCCCUAGUUCCUACCGCCUUUGGCGGUCGCUUGCCCCGGUAUUCCGUUCACUCUUGCUACGGCCCUGUAUAGCUUGUGGAUUGGAAGUCGAUGACUUACUGUAGACCAUAACUCAGAUGCCGUUUGUAAGCCAUCAUGCAUAUUAUUUAUGAUGUCAUGAAAAAUGAAGACGAGUAGUUAAGUCUCACACAAUCCCUGAAAAAACUUGGCAAAUGGACAAAUCUACAGUUGCCCAAGUGUGUAAUAUACUUACAAAAGUUAGGACAUAAACGCAAAAUUAUUGUGAUUUUAAUUUGAUAUUAUG